AUGGAUGCAGCUAGUUGUGGGCCUUCAAGUGCCAUACAAAAUUUGAAUAAGCAUACUCAAAGAGACACCUCCUUGCAGCAUCAAAGAUUAGGUGAUCCACCACAACAACAAGGUGUCCAUCAGUUUCGUCAAGGACAAAGCGUGGAUCAACAAUUAAAUCAAGAGUUUCAUAGAUUUAAUAAUGAUGGACUUGGACACGAUUUUGCCAUGCUGUUUAUGGAACAGAACAGGCCUCAGUUUCAGCAUCAACACCAUGUUCCACAGCCGCAACAACAACAACAAGGUUGGGUAAAUGAUUUUUCCAAUAUGAGUAUUGAGCAGAGGCAGCAACCGCAGGUGAAUAAUUGGCUGAGACAGUUUAUGCAAAGUGGACCACCACAGCAACAGCACCAGCAGAAACAUCACCAACAGCAACAGCAGCAACAGCAACAGCGCCAGUACCAGCAACCGAUGACGCAUGGUCAACUUCCUAAUUACUCAAUAGGCACAUUUCAGAAUAGACUAAACAUGAAUGCGGUUAGUGCGGCACCACAGUUUGCUCAGCAGACAGAGCAUCAGCAGGUACACAAGUUGGAAGCAGAUCAUGCGGAGAUAUUGGAAAAUGAAUUUGAUCGCCUUGAAAAAGAGUUAGCACAAGAGACUCAAACAAGUGAGGCCAACUUGACAGAAUCUGUGGAUAAAGCUGUAGAAGAUCAUGAUAGAGAUUUAUUUGCUGAAACAGCUCGGUCAGUUGAAAACUCAAUGAAUAAAUUGAACACUGAUGAUGCAGCCAUGGCGGAGAAGUUUAAGGAGUCUAAUUUCUUGAAUUUGAUGCAUUCCAUCGCCAAUAAAGAGACUGUACUAGAGAAUAACGAAUUAAAAUCACAAGAGAAUGUUUCCACAGAGGCAACAGCUCCAGACGUAGCCAGUAAUUCACGGAUGGCAGAUUACAUUCAACCGAUGUAUCAUCCCGAGGAACAAAUGAAUCAAAUAAACUCAACGGAGUUUAAUACAGACGAUUUUUCAAACGAAACAAUUCCAAACCAUCCUUUACCUCCACAGGCUAUACCACAAAAGCAAAAGAAGAGGCUUCAACGAAAAGAGCCACAAGAGACACAGAACAAGCUACCUGAUCCGCUUGCGCAUAUUGGUGAUCAAUUAGAUGGUAUAAGUGAUCCAUUAACCGCUGCCAGGAUUAUAAGUGGUGGACAAGUAAAGAGCAGAGACUGGGAGGAUGAUGACGAUUGGUUAACUGAUGAUGUUUCUUGGAGAAAAGGCCACGUAGUUGAAGGUGAAAGAGAUGAAAGAUACGGUCAGAAACGUGAUGACAGUAUGCAUGUGCGUUUUGCUCAAAGAUAA